GGGGCAGCACCGCGGGCUCCGCGCCCGCGCGUCACGUGAUGCGGCCGGCUGCGGCCCGCCCCCCGCGGAACGGAGCGAAGGAUUAUGGCACAGGCUCAGGGUUUGGGGAAGAGAUACAUUAAAGCCUUUUUUAAAGGUUUCUUUGUUGCUGUUCCUGUAACUGUGACUUUCCUGGACAGAGUUGCCUGUGUCGCAAGGGUGGAAGGAGCAUCAAUGCAGCCUUCUUUGAAUCCUGGGGGAAGACAAGCAUCUGAUGUAGUACUCUUAAACCACUGGAGCAUUAGAAAUUACGAUGUACAGCGCGGGGACAUUGUGUCACUAGUGUCUCCUAGAAAUCCUGAACAGAAGAUCAUUAAACGAGUGAUUGCUCUUGAAGGAGACAUUAUCAAAACCAUUGGAUACAAAAAGAAGUAUGUGAAAGUUCCACAUGGUCAUAUUUGGGUGGAAGGGGAUCACCAUGGACACAGCUUUGACAGCAAUGCUUUUGGUCCUGUCUCUCUUGGACUUCUGCAUGCCCGGGCUACCCACAUUCUGUGGCCCCCCCAGCGCUGGCAGAGGCUGGAGCCGAUGCUGCCCCCGGAGCGCAAACCGCUCCGCAGAGAGCAGGAGUGAGCUCCGUGUCCAGGCAGGAGAGCACUGGCAUCAAGCUCAGCCAGAAAGGCUGCAGAGCUUGUACCACCACCUCCAAGGGCUUUGCCAAGUGCUUGACAUCAGUGUCUUAUCAGCAAAUACAUGUGACAUCUUAAUGUUACAGCGCCACCAGAAAUUCUUCGUGUUUCUUUUGUUGGUUUCUUCUAUUGUUUGGUGGGUUUUAAAAGUCUCCAACACUGGGGCAUUUUGUAUUAAUUCAGUUUGAAAUAAUUGGUUGAAAAAGGACUGAAUGUUCAUUUUUUUUUCUGGAAGCAGUGACAUUCUUGGCUUAUGUCUGUACCUGUGCUUCUCUGGACAAGAAGCUAUUAAAACCUUCAAUAAACUAUUUUGAUCUUUUA